CAUGAUCAGCCGUCCAACCCAAUCUCGUGCAUUUUAAUAAUUUAAUGACUUUCAUUAAGCGGUCAAAAUCAUUUGUACUAGGUUUUUUAAUCUCAAGUUUGCUACUACGGGUCUCAGAAGCGUACGUUGUUUCAUCCGGAGAUUUUAAUAAGGAUUUCCUCGUGACAUGGUCUCCAACCAACGUUAACACCUCCAGCGAUGGUCGAUCAAGAACUCUUAAGCUUGAUCAUGAAUCUGGUGCUUCCUUUUCUUCCAUCAAGACAUACUUGUUUGGGAAAAUCGAUAUGAAGAUCAAACUAAUCCCUGGACCUUCUCAAGGAACCGUGGUUGCUUUUUAUAUGUCGUCGGACCAGACAAACCGUGAUGAGAUAGACUUUGAAUUCCUGGGAAACGUGAACGGGCAGGCUUAUAUUCUUCAGACAAAUGUCUAUGCCGAUGGAGUUGACAAUCGUGAAGAAAGGAUCCAUCUCUGGUUUGACCCAACCAAGGAUUUUCACACCUACUCCAUCUUGUGGAACGUUCACCAAAUUGUGUUUAUGGUGGAUCAAAUUCCGAUAAGACUGUACAGAAACCACACAGAGAAAGGAGUUGCAUAUCCAAGGUUGCAACCUAUGAGUAUAAAGGUGAGUCUAUGGAACGGUGAGAGCUGGGCUACAAGCGGCGGGCAUGAGAAAGUUGAUUGGUCAAAGGCUCCAUUUGUGGCAUCCUUUGGAGAUUACAAGAUAGAUGCUUGUAUUUGGAAAGGCAACCCAACAUUGUGUAAAACAGAGAGCAAUGAAAAUUGGUGGAACAAAAAUGAGUUCAGUUCUUUGACAAGAGUGCAAAAGAGAUGGUUUAAAUGGGUGAGCAAGUACCAUUUGAUUUAUGAUUAUUGCCAAGAUUAUGCAAGGUUCCAUAACAAGCUCCCCAAGGAAUGUUCUCUUCCUAAAUAUUAGAUAUUGAAUUUGCAUUAAUUAAUUAUGCUUUUUAUAUUCCAAGAUUAUAUUCAUUAAUUAAGCUUUAAUUUUAUCUAUUUUCCAAAUGUGUUUGUUCUUCGUAUGUUAUAAAUAUUAUAUAAAUACUGGUUUUCAUGAUA